UCACCUUUCUGUUAACUGUUUUUCUCAACACACACAAAAAACAUUAUUAUUCUAGUGACAUUAGUGCAUAUCUGGAGGAAAGUGUACAAAAUGGUUGGCUUCUAGGAGAUUCAGGAUAUCCUUUAAAACCAUUCCUAAUGACUCCUGUGCUCAAUGGGGAAACACCAGCAGAAAUGCGAUACAACCAGGCACAUAAAAAAUGUAGGUCCAGGCAGGAGCGUCUCUUUGGAGUUUGGAAGAGCAGAUGGAGAUGCCAUGACACUAGUGGAGGCUACCUCCAAUAUUCCCCAGAGAAGGUUGCUCUUUUCAUCAAAGCUACAGCUGUCUUGCACAACAUGUGCAGAAUGGCAAACCUUCCUGACCCAGAAGUGGAUGUAGUAGAGGAGGAUGAAGCAAUACUUCCACCACAAGGACCUAACCCUGGGCUCCACAUGAGGAAUCAGCUUAUUCAAAGAUUUUUUGCACAUUAAAAACAACUGUAGAAUGCCCAAAAUAAAAAACAACAUCAC